AUGGAGAAGGUAGCCUGGGGCCGGGCCAUGACACCUGCUCUAGCUGUGAGUUGCAGCUGUCCUGCUUUUCUAAAUACGACCCCCCAAAGAUUCUUUUCAAACUUCACUGGGUUCCUAAUUCAAACUCCAGCGGCUUUGCAGCUCGCCUUCCUCGCUAGUCGGCAAGUUUGCGCGAGCAAAGACCUUGCCCUGCGCGGGUUUUCAUUGAGCGGACGGAGCGGGCGGGGAGGGGAGAGGGUGGCCACUCAGCAAUCCUCGGGGCGAUACGCUGCCGCAGGCGCACUAGGAAGGGAGCCCAGCGCGGCCGCCUCUGCCUACAGCUCCGCGUCCAACGGCGCGGAGCCCCGUGCGAGCGAGCGUGGGCAGCCCAGGCCACCGCUCCCCAUACUCAAAAAGACAACCUGCCGUGCCUCCCUUCUCCGCCCCUCUCCGCAUUUUCCCCGCCUAGGUCCCUCCGAGCUGAUUGGCAGAAAUCACUACCCAACCCUUGAGCCGGGGCCUCCUACCGGGACCAGCGAUUGGCCUCCCCGGACGCCUGGAGAAAGGGGCUCCGCCUGCGCCGCGCGAACUUUCCCAUCCUGGGGACCCAACCUCGGCUCCAGCAGCGCCUCCCAGGCAGCGUGCGGAGUCCCUGGCACUUUUCCGAAGUUGUCUCUGGUUGCCAGCCUGGGGACAGAUUUGCACGCUUUCGGGCUGUCUUGCCCGAACUCCAACACCUGGACCAUGCACGCCGCUGGUACCCCAGGAAUCGAGUCCCGUGCACGCCGGACACCACGGCAGCGGCUGCUGCUCAUGCUUCUCCUGUCACUGGUAAGCCGCGUCCCAGCACAGCCCGCAGACCCCGGCCGGGCAUUCCUGUCCCCGGGUCUCUCUGGGGCUGCAGGGGUCCCUGCUGAAGAAGCCAUAGUGCUGGAGAACCGCGGGCUCCGCGUUCCGUUUGGCCGUGAGGUAUGGCUGGAUCCCCUACAGGACCUAGUGUUGCAGGUGCAGCCGGGGGACCGCUGCGCAGUGACUGUGCUGGACAACGACGCGCUCGCCCAGCGGCCGGGCCGCCUUAGUCCCAAGCGCUUUCCUUGCGACUUCGGCCCCACCGAGGUGCGCUACUCACACCUGGGCGCGCGCAGCCCGUCGCGGGACCGCGUCAGGCUGCAGCUGCGCUAUGACGCGCCGGGAGGGGCCCUCGUGCUGCCGCUGGUGCUACAAGUAGAGGUGGUUUUCAGCCAGCUGGAGGUUGUAACUCGGAAUUUGCCCUUGGUCGUGGAAGAACUUCUGGGGACCAGCAAUGCUCUGGACGCACGGAGCCUGGAGUUUGCCUAUGAGCCAGAGACGGAAGAGUGCCGCGUGGGCAUCCUGUCCGGCCUGAGCGGGCUCCCUCGCUAUGGAGAACUGCUCCACUAUCCGCAGGUCCCUGGAGAAGCCACAGAGGGAGGCGCCCCGGAGCCUCUGCUGAUGGACUGCAAAGCUUUCCAGGAGCUGGGCGUGCGCUACCGCCACACAGCCCUGAGCCUCUCACCAAACAGGGACUGGGUGCCCAUGGUGGUGGAGCUACGUCCGCGAGGGGCUCCCGUGGGCAGUCCUGCUUUGAAACGGGAGCACUUCCAGGUGCUGGUGAGGAUCAGAGGAGGGGCUGAGAACACCGCCCCCAAGCCUAGCUUUGUGGCCAUGAUGAUGAUGGAGGUGGACCAGUUCGUGCUGACCGCCCUGACCCCAGACAUGCUGGCAGCUGAGGAUGCUGAAUCUGCCCCUGACCUGCUGAUCUUCAACCUCACUUCUCCGUUCCAGCCUGGCCAGGGCUACUUGGUGAGCACUGAUGACCGCAGCCUGCCACUCUCUUCCUUCACUCAGAGGGAUCUGCGCCUCUUGAAAAUAGCCUACCAGCCCCCCUCUGAGGACUCGGACCAGGAGCGUCUCUUUGAGCUGGAGCUGGAGGUAGUGGACCCAGAAGGAGCAGCCUCAGACCCUUUCGCCUUUAUGGUCGUGGUGAAGCCCAUGAACACACUGGCUCCAGUGGUCACCCGGAACACUGGUCUUAUUCUCUAUGAGGGUCAGGCCCGGCCCCUCACUGGGCCUGCAGACAGUGGAUCACAAAACCUAGUCAUCAGUGAUGAGGAUGACCUAGAGGCAGUGCAGCUGGAGGUGGUCGCUGGGCUCCGACAUGGUCACCUUGUCAUUUUGGGUGCUUCUGAUAGCAUUGCUCCAAAGACUUUCUCCGUGACUGAGCUGGCAGCUGGUCAGGUUGUCUACCAGCAUGAUGACAGAGAUGGCUCGCUGAGUGACAACCUGGUACUUCGCAUGAUGGAUGGAGGAGGCAGGCACCAGGUACAGUUCCUGUUCCCUAUCACCUUAGUGCCUGUGGAUGACCAACCACCGGUCCUCAAUGCCAAUACUGGACUGACGCUGGCAGAGGGGGAAACGGUGCCCAUCCUGCCCCUUCAGCUGAGUGCAACUGACAUGGAUUCCGAUGAUGCUGUGCUGCUUUUUGUGCUGGAGUCGCCCUCCUCAACCACAGGGCACCUGCUUCUCCGCCAAACUCAUCCCCCCCAAGAGGAAGAGGAGCUUACCAGGGGCCAAUGGAAGAAGCAGGGAGCAUUUUAUGAGCGACCAGUGACAGAGUGGCGGCAGCAGGACAUAACAGAGGGAAGGCUGUUCUAUAGGCACUCUGGGCCCCACAGUCCUGGACCAGUCAUGGACCAGUUCACAUUCAGAGUCCAGGAUAACAACGAUCCCCCUAAUCAGUCUGGGCUGCAGAGGUUUGUGAUACGCAUUCAUCCUGUGGAUCGCCUGCCUCCAGAGCUGGGCAGUGGUUGCCCUCUUCGGAUGGUGGUGCAGGAAUCCCAGCUCACACCACUGAGGAAGAAGUGGCUGCGCUACACAGACCUGGACACAGAUGACCGAGAACUGCGUUACACAGUUACCCAGCCCCCUGUGGACACAGAUGAAAACCACUCGCCAGCCCCGCUGGGCACCUUGGUCCUGAGUGACAACCCUUCAGUCAUGGUGACGCAUUUUACCCAAGCCCAGAUCAACCAUCAUAAAAUUGCUUACAGACCUCCCAGUGAAGAACUAGGAGUGGCUGCUCGAGUGGCCCAGUUCCAGUUUCAGGUGCAGGACAAGGCUGGGAAUGUGGCUCCAGGCACGUUCACCUUUUACUUGCAGCCAGUGGACAACCAGCCACCAGAAAUCCUAAACACUGGCUUCACCAUUCAGGAGAAGGGCCACCAUAUCCUGAAUGAGACUGAGUUACAUGUCCAUGAUGUGGACACUGAUAAGGCCCAUAUCUCUUUCACUCUCACACAGGCACCUAAGCAUGGCCAGGUGCAAGUAUCUGGGCAGAUCCUGCAUGUUGGAGGGAUCUUCCACUUGGAGGACAUCAAACAGGGUCGGAUUUCCUAUGCACAUAAUGGAGAUGAGUCCCUGACGGAUAGCUGCUCCUUGGAAGUCAGCGACAGACACCAUGUGGUGCCCAUAACUCUGAGAGUGAACAUCCGGCCAGUGGAUGAUGAGGUACCCAUGUUGAACCUUCCUGCUGGCACUCUGGAGUCUUAUUUAGAUGUCCUAGAAAAUGGGGCUACUGAAAUCACUGCCAGUGUUAUUAAGGGGACCAAUGAGGGCACUGAUGAUUUGAUGUUGACUUUCGUUUUGGAAGAUCCACCCUUGUAUGGGGAAAUCCUGGUCAAUGGAGCUCCAGCAGAGCAAUUUACCCAACAGGACAUUUUGGAAGGCUCUGUUGUCUAUGCCCACACCAGUGGUGAGAUAGGCCUAUUGCCCAAAGCAGACUCUUUUAACCUGAGCCUGUCAGAUACAUCUCAAGAAUGGAGAAUCAGCAGCAAUACAAUCCAAGGAGUUACUGUGUGGGUGACCAUCCUUCCUGUGGACAGCCAGCCUCCAGAAAUAUCUGUGGGUGAACAGUUCAUGGUACUGGAAGGUGAUAAAAGUGUUAUAACCUCAACACAUAUAAGUGCUCAAGAUAUUGACUCCCUGAAUGAUGACAUCUUGUGUACUAUAAUUAUUCAGCCUACCUCAGGUUAUGUUGAAAAUAUUUCUCCAGCACCAGGCUCUGAAAAAUCAAGAGCAGGUAUUGCUAUAAGUGCUUUCACUCUAAAAGACCUCAGGCAGGGUCACAUUAACUAUAUCCAGAGUGUCCAUCAAGGUGUGGAGCCCGUGGAAGAUCGAUUCAUAUUUCGUUGCUCUGAUGGCAUUAAUUUCUCAGAGAGACAUUUUUUUCCCAUAGUGAUCAUACCCACCAAUGAUGAACAACCAGAAAUGUUUAUGAGAGAAUUUAUGGUGAUGGAAGGCAUGAGUCUGGUCAUUGAUACACCCAUCCUCAAUGCUGCUGAUGCCGACAUUCCCCCAGAUGAUUUAACUUUCACUAUUACGCGAUUUCCUACUCAUGGUCACAUCAUGAACCAGCUGAUAAAUGGCACAGUUUUGGUGGAAAGCUUUACCUUGGACCAGAUCGUAGAGAGUUCCAGCAUUAUUUAUGAGCACGAUGACUCUGAGACACAGGAAGACAGUUUUAUAAUUAAACUAACUGAUGGCAAGCACUCUGUGGAGAAGAUGGUCCUCAUCAUGGUUAUCCCUGUAGAUGAUGAGACUCCCAGAAUGACCAUCAAUAAUGGACUAGAAAUAGAAAUUGGGGAAACAAAAAUCAUCACCAACAAGAUACUAAUGGCAACUGACUUAGAUUCUGAAGACAAAUACUUGGUUUAUAUUAUUCGUUAUGGGCCCAGACAUGGCUUACUACAAAGACGGAGACCUAUGGGUGCCCUUGAAAACAUCACCCUGGGCAUGAAUUUUACCCAGGAGGAAGUGGACAGAAACUUAAUCCAGUAUGUCCAUACUGGGCAAGAGGGCAUUCGUGACUUAAUUAAAUUUGAUGUGACUGAUGGGAUAAACGCUCUCAUAGAUCGCUACUUUUAUGUGUCCAUUGGGAGCAUUGACAUUGUCUUCCCUGAUGUGAUAAGUAAGGGAGUGUCCUUGAAAGAAGGUGGCAAAGUCACUCUAACAACAGACCUACUAAGCACCAGUGACUUGAAUAGUCCUGAUGAAUAUUUAGUUUUUACCAUCACCAGGGCCCCCAUGAGAGGUCACUUAGAGUGCACAGAUCAACCAGGAGUGUCCGUCAUGUCCUUCACUCAAUUACAACUGGCUGGCAACAAAAUCUACUACAUCCACACAGCCGAUGAUGAGGUGAAGAUGGACAGUUUUGAGUUUCAAGUCACUGAUGGACACAACCCUGUUUUCCGGACAUUCCGUAUCUCCAUUAGUGAUGUGGACAACAAGAAGCCAGUGGUCACCAUCCAUAACCUGGUUGUCAGUGAAAAUGAAAACAAGCUGAUCACUCCCUUUGAACUCACAGUGGAAGACAGAGAUACACCUGACAGACUCCUGAAAUUCACUAUCACCCAGGUGCCUGUUCAUGGUCAUCUUCUUUUCAACAAUACCAGACCUGUCAUGGUUUUUACCAAGCAAGACUUGAAUGAAAACUUAAUCAGCUACAAACAUGAUGGCACUGAGUCAAGUGAAGACAGCUUCUCCUUCACAGUAACAGACGGUACCCACACCGACUUCUAUGUCUUUCCUGAUACAGUAUUUGAAACAAGGAGACCCCAAGUGAUGAAGAUCCAAGUCUUAGCAGUUGACAAUAGUGUCCCCCAAAUUGCCGUGAAUAAAGGGGCCUCUACACUUCGCACACUAGCCACUGGCCACUUGGGGUUCAUGAUCACAAACAAAGUAUUGAGAGUGGUGGACAGAGACAGCCAACACUUUUCUCUCAGGUUUAUUGUGACAGAAGCUCCUCAACAUGGUUAUCUCCUCAACCUGGGCAAAGGCAACCACAGCAUCACUCAGUUUACCCAAGCUGACAUUGAUGACAUGAAAAUAUGCUAUGUCUUAAGAAAAGGAGUUAAUGCCACAAGUGAUAUGUUCCAUUUUGCAGUUGAAGAUGGUGGGGGAAACAAGUUAACCAACCAGCAUUUCCGUCUGAACUGGGCAUGGAUCUCAUUUGAAAAAGAAUAUUACCUGGUCAAUGAGGACUCCAAAUUUUUAGAUGUUGUUCUUAAACGCAGAGGUUACUUGGGAGAAACAUCUUUUAUAAGCAUUGGCACAAGAGAUGGGACUGCAGAAAAAGACAAGGACUUCAAGGGCAAAGCACAGAAACAAGUGCAGUUCAACCCGGGCCAGACAAGAGCCACAUGGCGAGUGCGCAUUGUGGGUGAUGGAGAGCACGAGCAGUCUGAGACCUUCCAGGUGGUUCUCUCGGAGCCUGUGCUGGCUGCUCUUGAAUUUCCUGCAGCCACCACAGUGGAGAUCAUUGACCCUGGAGAUGAAUCCACUGUGUUUAUCCCCCACCCUGAAUACUCUGUUGAAGAAAACGUUGGUGAACUGUUUAUUCCCAUCAGGAGAACUGGAGAUGUCAGCCGGGAGUUAAUGGUGAUCUGUUACACACGACAAGGGACAGCGACUGGAACCGUGCCGACUUCCGUGCUGUCUUACUCUGAUUACAUAUCCAGGCCUGAGGACCACACCAGCGUUGUCCGCUUUGACAGAGAUGAACAGGAGAAAAUGUGCCGGAUUGUUGUAAUUGAUGACUCCUUGUAUGAAGAGGAGGAAACAUUCCAUGUCCUUCUAAGUAUGCCUAUGGGUGGAAGACUCGGAUCAGAGUUCCCAGGGGCUCAGAUUACAAUUGUCCCUGACAAAGACGAUGAACCUGUCUUCUACUUUGGUGAUGUCAAGUACUCUGUGGAUGAGAGCGCUGGCUACGUGGAAGUGCAAGUGUGGAGGACAGGCACCGACCUGUCCAGGUCUUCGAGUGUCACAGUGAGAUCUCGGAAAACAGAUCCUCCCUCUGCAGAGGCUGGAGCAGACUAUGUGGGAAUCAGUCGUCACUUAGAUUUUGCCCCUGGAGCCAACAUGCAGACUGUUCGCAUUAUCAUUCUGGAUGACCUGGGACAACCAGUGCUGGAGGGAAUUGAGAAAUUUGAACUGGUGCUUCGUAUGCCCAUGAAUGCAGCCCUUGGCGAGCCCAGCAAAGCCACUGUGUCCAUAAAUGACUCUGUCUCCGAUCUGCCUAAGAUGCAAUUCAAAGAGCGAAUGUACACUGGCAGUGAAAAUGAUGGGCAAAUAGUUGCAGUAAUCCACAGGAGUGGAGAUAUCCAGUUCCAAUCUUCAGUGAGAUGCUACACGCGGCAGGGGUCUGCGCAGGUGAUGAUGGACUUUGAGGAACGGCCAAACACUGACAUCUCUGUCAUCACAUUUCUCCCUGGCGAGACUGAAAAACCUUGCGUUCUGGAGCUGAUGGAUGACACACUCUAUGAGGAGGUUGAGGAGCUCCGCUUGGUUCUGGGCACUCCACAAAGCAGCUCUCCCUUUGGGGCUGCAGUUGGCGAACAAAAUGAAACCCUGAUAAGGAUCCUAGAUGAUGCUGAUAAGAGUAUUAUUAAAUUUGGAGAGACCAAAUUUAUCAUCACUGAACCCAAGGAACACGGAGAGUCAGUGAUUAUAAAAAUUCCAGUGAUUCGCCAAGGAGACACCUCCAAGGUUUCCAUUGUGAGAGUCCACACCAAGGAUGGCUCAGCCACGUCAGGAGAAGAUUAUCACCCCGUAUCGGAAGAAAUUGAGUUCAAGGAAGGAGAAACCCAACACAUUGUUGAAAUUGAAGUUAUCUUCGAUGGAGUAAGAGAGAUGAGAGAGGCCUUCACUGUCCAUCUGAAGCCUGAUGAAAAUAUGAUAGCAGAGACACAGAUGACCAAAGCCAUUGUGUAUAUAGAAGAAAUGAACAGCAUGGCAGAUGUCACUUUUCCCUCAGUCCCCCAAGUUAUGUCCUUGCUGAUGUAUGAUGACACUUCCAGAGCUAAGGAAGGAACUGGUCCUGUGUCUGGCUAUCCUGUCAUCUGCAUCACAGCUUGCAACCCCAAAUAUUCAGACUACGACAAAACAGGCUCUAUUUGUGCAAGUGAGAACAUCAAUGACACUUUGACGCGGUACCGAUGGCUGAUUAGCGCUCCUGCUAGCCCUGAUGGUGUCACCAGCCCCAUGAGGGAAGUGGACUUUGACACCUUUUUUACAUCAUCAAAGAUGAUCACAUUAGACUCCAUAUACUUUCAGCCUGGCUCCCGAGUGCAGUGUGCAGCUCGUGCCGUGAACACUGACGGGAAUGAAGGCCUGGAACUGAUGAGCCCUAUUGUAACCAUUGGCAGGGAAGAAGGUCUUUGUCAGCCGCGUGUGCCAGGGGUAGUGGGAGCAGAGCCGUUCUCAGCUAAAUUGCGCUACACAGGCCCUGAGGAUCCAGACUUCGCAAACCUCAUCAAACUCACUGUCACAAUGCCACACAUAGAUGGCAUGCUCCCUGUGAUCUCUACCAGAGAGCUCUCCAACUUUGAGUUGACCCUCAGCCCUGAUGGUACAAGAGUUGGGAACCACAGGUGUUCCAACCUCCUAGAUUAUACUGAAGUGAAAACCCACCAUGGUUUCUUGACGGAUGCUACCAAAAAUCCAGAAGUGAUUGGAGAGACAUUUCCUUACCAGUACAGCUCAUCCAUCCGAGGCUCCAGUACCUUGCGCUUUUACCGAAACCUAAACCUGGAGGCCUGUUUGUGGGAGUUUGUCAGCUACUACGACAUGUCAGAACUCCUCACCGACUGCGGAGGCUCCAUUGGAACAGACGGACAGGUGCUGAACCUAGUACAGUCCUAUGUGACCCUUCGAGUCCCUCUGUAUGUUUCAUAUGUGUUCCAUUCACCUGUGGGGGUAGGAGGCUGGCAGCAUUUUGACUUGAAGUCGGAGCUCCGUCUAACUUUUGUGUAUGACACUGCCAUCUUGUGGAAUGAUGGGAUUGGCAGUCCACCAGAGGCCGAACUCCAAGGCUCUCUUUACCCAACCAGCAUGCGCAUUGGUGAGGAGGGGCGUUUGGCAGUGAACUUCAAGACAGAGGCUCAGUUCCAUGGCUUAUUUGUACUGUCACAUCCAGCAUCCUUUACAAGUUCCAUGGUCAUGUCAGCUGACCAUCCGGGCCUGACCUUCUCUCUACGCCUCAUCAGGAGCGAGCCGACCUAUAACCAGCCCAUCCAGCAAUGGAGUUUUGUCUCUGACUUUGCAGUGCGGGACUACUCAGGGACCUAUACUGUAAAACUUGUGCCAUGCACCACCCCAUCCAAUCAGGAGUACCACCUGCCAGUCCUCUGCAACCCCAGAGAGCCUGUCACCUUUGACCUUGACAUCCGAUUCCAACAGGUCAGUGAUCCGGUGGCAGCUGAGUUUAGCUUGAACACCCAAAUGUACCUGCUCUCCAAGAAGAGUCUCUGGCUGUCUGAUGGAUCCAUGGGAUUCGGGCAAGAGAGUGAUGUUGCUUUUGCAGAAGGUGACAUAAUUUAUGGUCGUGUCAUGGUAGAUCCUGUCCAGAAUCUAGGUGACUCCUUUUACUGCAGCAUUGAGAAGGUGUUCCUAUGCACUGGAGCCGAUGGCUAUGUUCCCAAAUACAGUCCAAUGAACGCGGAAUAUGGCUGCUUAGCUGAUUCUCCUUCACUCUUAUAUAGAUUUAAAAUUGUGGACAAAGCUCAGCCAGAGACUCAAGCUACCAGCUUCGGAAAUGUCCUGUUCAAUGCCAAACUGGCAGCAGAUGACCCAGAGGCCAUUCUCCUGGUGAAUCAACCUGGAUCUGAUGGAUUUAAAGUAGACUCAACACCACUCUUUCAGGUCGCUCUGGGUCGAGAGUGGUACAUACACACAAUCUAUACAGUAAGAUCAAAAGACAAUGUCAAUCGAGGCAUUGGCAAAAGAAGUGUGGAGAACCAGUACCACUCUCUGGUGCAUCAGGGGAAGCCCCAGGCAGCUACCACCAGCAGGAGAAAGAGGGAGAUCCAGAGCACACCCCCACUGGCACGGGAAAUUGGUGCUGAAAACAACCGGGGAACAAACAUCCAGCAUAUUGCCCUGGACCGCACCCACAAGAGGCAGACCUCCCAUGGGCGAGUCCCUCCCGAUGGCAGCCUCCCAUGGGAGCUUAACAGCCCCAGCUCUGAAGUCAGCCUAAUCACUGUCGUUGGAGGCAUCGCAGUGGGAUUACUCACCAUCUGCCUCACUGUCAUUGCGGCGGUGAUGUGCAAGAGUAAGAAGAACAGCAGGGAGAAGAAUGACCCAAAGGGCUCCAGCAGCAGAGAGCCCAUGGUGCUCCCACAGAGCCAACACAACGACAGCUCAGAGGUGUGA